CCCUCUGCUGCUGCAGCCCAGGAUGCAGUCGGCCUGUGGGGCUGCGAGCGCAGGCUGCUGCCUCACGUCCAGCUCUUCGUCCACCAGAACCCCCGCGUCCCUCUGCGCAGGGCUGCUCUCUGUGAGCUCUUCUCCCAGUCUGCACACACCUGGUGCUGCCCCGACUCGAGCACAGCACCCCGCGCUGCGCCUCGCUCGGCCUCAGCAGGUUCUCGUGUGCCCCUUCUCCAGCCUGUCCAGGUCCCGCCGGGUGCUGUGUCCAACACAGCAGGGCGAUGUCGAAGACCUUACAUGAGUCCAUGCAAUCAUCAGUUGUUCUUCCUUUGUCCACCAGUGCUGUUACUGCAUUGCAGAAGGUCACCUGAUGGGUCAGGUAUGAUCUGCCCUUGGUGAUGUCCUCUUGUUAUGUAAUAAAAUACUAUCUUGGAAAAUUUUUACUGGUCAUGUCAGUUUCGUGGCCAGACAGUCACUGGAGUUCUCCAAGGUAAUGUAUAUGCUUGCCAAAAGGCUUGGGAGAGCUGGUAAAUUUGGGAUCAUGGCUUAACAAGCUGCUGUGCUAAUUUGUGUGGUUCUGUCCUGUCUCUGACCCUCUCUGCCUGCAGCUCCUUUGGAUGCUGUGAAACACUUUUUGCAGCAGGGUCAGUGAAUGCCCCAACAGCUGAUGCAGUUACACAAAGCAGAUGGGUUCUGUAGAAGCACAUGUGAGACAGCUGCAUGCAGCUCGUGUAAAUGCAGAUGUCUGCAUGUGGUGGUCUUUGCAGGACAUCUCUGAAGUACCUUACUGAGAUGCUAAUGGUAACUCUGAUGUUGAAAUGUGGGCUCAAAAGAAACCUUAAUGAAUGGAGGAGUUAUUUUACAUGCUGUUGCUUUUGCCCAAACAGUACACUGUUUUACUGCAUAAUUCACCUCCUGUUCCACAGAUGUGUGUGGUCACACGAAACCUGUCUUUACUAACAUUUUCCUUCUCCCAGGAGAAGUCAUCUCGCUUGUCUGCAGCGUUGCUUGGUGAGGACUGUGAGAUCAGCCCAGAGCAGCUGUACGAGCUGCUACAGUACGCAGCCCUGGGGAAACGCCACAAUGCAGCCCAGCCCAGCUGGUGCCAUGUUUAUCACCAAAGCCGUCUGGCUGGGGUUGUGGUUAUUGUUCUGCAUGAAAUGAGCCAGCUCCACUUCUACAAAUUCUAUUUACAGUUCAAACACCUCCGAAAAGUGUUCCAGCAUAGAUUCACGUUACCACCCCCUUCAGCUAACUUCCUAACCAGUCUGUGUGGCGAAGGAGCGAACCCGAAUCCUCAAGGCACUGCACAAGGCUUGAUUUCCACUGGUGUUGAAUGUGUCCCUGAAAGCUCAGGCUUGCAAUGUGAUCCCAUCAUCCGGAAAUAUGGCAGAGAAAAACGAGGCCUCACAAGCUAUACUCUAACUUCAGAAGAGCUGAAAAAGAAUGAUUAUCCCAUGAGAGAUUCACCAGGAUGUAAGGGUUAUAUGUACACAGAGUGUGAUCUUCAGAGGACAGACAGCAGCCCCCUCUUCGGUCUGGAUUGUGAAAUGUGCCUGACUGCAAGAGGGAAUGAAGUCACUCGUGUCUCUUUGGUGGAUGCAGAGGGGCAGUGCCUUCUGAAUGAGCUAGUCAAACCAGAAAGCGUGAUAGUGAACUACUGCACCAGAUACUCGGGAGUCACAAGGAAAAUGCUUCUUCCAGUGAAAACAAGAUUGCCAGAUAUACAAACCAGACUGAAAAAGAUACUUCCCCAUGAUGCAGUACUGGUGGGUCAUUCUCUAAAUGCUGAUCUUCAGGCUUUGCAAAUGAUCCAUCCCAGUGUUAUUGAUACUUCAUUACUUUUUGCCAGAAAUGAAGGCCGAAGAUUUAAGCUAAAAUUUCUAGCCAAAGCUGUUUUGGGGAAGGAGAUCCAGUGCCAACAGAGGCUUGGUCACGAUCCUGCAGAAGAUGCUAGAGCUGCAUUGGAAUUGGCUCAGUUCUUUAUUAAGAAAGGACCAGCAAAGGUAGCAGAACUAAACUUGGAAAUGUUGCUGGCAGCUGAAAGGCAGACUGAAGUCUCACCAAACAAAUCUGUGAUGCAGCCACAGCAGUGUGGGGUCCAGAAGCAGCUGAAUGAUCCUCCACACUUAUCCAAACCAUGUUUUCUGGCCUGCUUGCAGGGGAUGGGCCAGAAGCCCCUCCUUUUGGGCAGACAGGAACUGGACUCUUCUGGCCUUUGUCGGAGUGACCUCAGCACUUCCAACAAACAGAUUCUUCAGAGAGCCUUGGAAGAUGUUCCCCUCUCCACAUUCAGCAUAAUUCAGUUCAGUUUGGAUCCAGAGUAUGUUGCAUCUCACCGUCUUGCUGGAUUUUGUGAAAAGGUGAGAAACAAGCUGACUGACAUGCUGACAAUUUACGCAGGUCCUUUUGAAGAAGACUUUUGCCUGAAGUCUGUGAAAAAAGAAUUUGGAAGGUGUGGGCCGAUCAGAUCCCUCACAGUGGUGACUGAAACGUACCAGCCAUAUGUCUGUAUCCAGUACAGCGUGCUGGAAGCUGCCCAGCUUGCUGUGGAAAGCCUAAAUGGAGCUGAGGUAGCAGGAUCGUGCAUUAAGGUUCAGAGACCCAUCACUGCUGCUACACUGGACUCUGAUGUUCUGAUAAGGGAACUGGAACUGGAUAUAGAAAAUGAAGGUGUGAUUUAUGUGGCAGGAAUAAAGAAGUCAUUAACAGAGACAGAUUUGCAAGAAGAAUUCAGUCUUUUGAAAGACCUGGAAACUCUUUUCCUGCCAAAGGAUCUCCAGAGUGGAAAGCACAGCACCUGCUGUUUUCUCAAAUUCCAGAAAUCGCGAAGUGCGGCAGAUGCCCUGGAAGCUAUAAAUGGCUGGGCUGUGAGGGGCAGCACACUCAGAAGUAGGCACGCUCUUGCUUCAGGUCACCUCUGGAGAUGGAUUUGGCAAAUGAAUCAUAGCAGUGAAAAGCAAAGAGGAAACAGUUUAAGUGAGAAGAUGGCACCACUGUCUGACUCUGAGCAAGAUGUAAAGAAAAAGGUGAAGAAGUUAGACCACCAUAUAAAAAAGCUUUAUAGAAGUCUGCAGGAUAACACCUUGUGCAUUGUUCUCUUUCCUGGAAUGAACAGUGUUCAUGGAUCACAGUCCGGCCUUGGUCUGAUGGGAAUAAAAGAUGACGGAGGGAGCAGUGCUUGUUAAGCUGCCAAAUUUUUAAUCAGUCUUUUGUAAAGAUCUUCGUAGUUAUUUUAAACAUUGAUGUCUUUGUAAAGAGCCCUUGCUGUAGGAACAAUGGGCUUUCACACUGUAUCUUCUAUAAAUUCUAAAAAUAAAAGCUAUUCAAAACAUCUUAAAA